AGCUCUUCCUUUAUGAACAAAUCUAUGAAAAAAUUGAUGAAUAACAAUCACACAGGAGUACACUCUUAAUAAGUCAAAAGCAAUUAGCUUCUUCUAUCCUACCGUCUAAACAAUCAGGACAACAAUCACACACUACUCUUAACUUUCCGCAAACAUGAGGAGAAUCUUCUUCCCACACCUUAACUACCUCAUCAUCAUUCUUAUUAGCUUCAUCUUCAUCACUAUAUCAACCUCCUCGGAUACUUUAACCGGAACACAAAUCCUCACAACCAACCAAACCCUGUUGUCACAAAACCAAACCUUCGUGCUGGGCUUCUUCAGAGUUUCCGACACCAACUAUUACCUUGGAAUAUGGUAUAACAACAUCAAUCCUCAAACAAUAGUUUGGGUUGCAAACAGAGACAACCCCAUUGAUAACUCCACGGGCUAUCUUAUGAUUGGAGACAACGGAAACCUUGUCCUCCUCAAUUCAUCCGGGAACCCUGCAUGGUCCUCCAACCAAACCAACGCCAAGAAUCCAGUUCUCCAGCUCCUUGAUACUGGUAACCUUGUUCUCAAAGAUUCAUCAGACAAGAUCAGUAGUAGCUACUUAUGGCAGAGCUUCGAUUACCCAACAGAUACCUUGUUACCGGAGAUGAAGAUCGGUUGGAACUUGGACACAGGAACGGAGAAGCACUUAACAUCAUGGAAAGUCAAAGGUGAAGACCCUUCAAGCGGUGACUACACUAUGAAGGUAGAUUACCAUGGUUUACCUGAGAUUCUCCUCAGCAAAAACCAAACAAUAAUAUGCCGAAGUGGUCCUUGGAAUGGUGAGAGAUUCAGUGGGCAUCCGGCGAUGAAAGAUAACACCUAUGGUCUCAAGUUCAAUUUCACUUAUGAUGUGCACAGUGUGUUUUUCUCUUUUUCCAUUACAAAAUCUUCCUUGUUGUCUAGAACAAUUGUGACAUCUGAUUCUGAUGGUGAGUUUCAACGCUACAUGUGGAUACAAGGAAGUUGGAACCAGUUCUGGUACCUUCCAGCGGAUCAAUGCGAUUACUAUGGACAGUGUGGUCCGUAUGGAGUGUGUGACAAUGAUGCUUCGCCGAUUUGCACUUGUAUGCAGGGGUUCAGGCCUAAGAACCAGGAAGCUUGGAACUUGAGAGAUGGGUCUGAUGGGUGUGUGAGGAAUACGGGUUUGAAUUGUUCCACUGACAAGUUCUUGCAUCUUGAGAACAUGAAGCUGCCGGAGACAAGCAGCGUGUUUAUGAAUAAGAGUAUGACACUUGAUGAAUGUGGGAGUUUGUGUAAGAGAAAUUGUUCAUGCACUGCCUAUGCAAACAUCUACAUCACAAAUGGAGGAAGUGGCUGUGUUAUGUGGCUUAGCCAACUCUUUGACAUGAGCGUCUACCGUACGGAUGGUCAAGAUCUCUAUGUCAGAUUGGCAGCUGCUGAUAUAGGAUCUACUAGCUCCAACAAGAAUCAUAGAGUAGUACAGGCUGUUGGCAUCACACUUAUUGUUUUAGUUUUGGGAUUGGUUGCUAUUUGUUACCUAAUGAAGAAGAGUAAACAAAGAUCUAGAGCCGCUAUUCCAGGUUUUGUCCGCAGAAGUCAUGAUUGGAUAAUGAAUGAGGUGGUGUUUUCUAGAAAACACUUACGUGAUGAAAGGAACAUGGAUGAUCUGGAAUUGCCAAUGUUUGAUUUCGAUACCUUAACAAUGGCUACAAACAAUUUCUCUCAAGAUAAUAAACUUGGAGAAGGAGGCUUCGGUAGAGUUUAUAGAGGAAGAUUGAUUGAAGGCCAAGAAAUUGCUGUGAAGAGAUUAUCAAAGAAAUCUGGACAAGGAAAUGAAGAGUUCAAGAAUGAAGUCAAGUUAAUUGUCAAGCUGCAACACCAAAAUCUUGUUCGGUUGCUUGGUUGCUGCAUUGAGAAGGAUGAGAAGAUGUUGGUGUAUGAGUAUUUGGAAAAUAGAGGCCUUGAUUCCAUUUUAUUUGGUAGUAUUGUUUAUUUCAAUAUUUUCUUCUUUCUGAUUAUGAUCUAUAUUUGUUUUGCUCUUAUCCUUAGUUUAUAUGUAUUAAUAAUAACUAAUGUUGCAGACAAAUCGAAAAGACCCUUGCUUGAUUGGGAAAGACGUUUCAAUAUUAUCUAUGGGAUAGCUAAAGGGCUUCUUUAUUUGCAUCAAGAUUCGAGAUAUCGAAUUAUUCAUAGAGAUCUCAAGACAAGUAACAUAUUAUUAGAUAAUGAAAUGAAUCCAAAAAUAUCAGACUUUGGAAUCGCUAGAAUUUUUGACAAAAAUCAAAUGCAAGCAAAAACAUUAAGAAUUAUUGGAACAUAUGGUUAUAUGUCUCCUGAAUAUGCUAUGGACGGAAACUUCUCAAUAAAAUCUGAUGUUUUUAGCUUUGGAGUUAUGGUAUUAGAGAUUAUAACCGGAAAAAAGAAUAGAGAGUUUUACAGUGAUAACAAUGAAUUGAAUCUUCUAGGAAAUGUAUGGAGGCAUUGGCAUGAAGGAACUGCACUGACACUAAUUGAUCCAUCCAUUGGCAAUUCAUACGCAGAAUCUAAAGUUAUGAGAUGCAUACAUAUUAGUCUCUUAUGUGUACAAGAACGUGCAGAAGAUAGACCAACAAUGUCUUCAGUGAUCUUAAUGUUGAGUAGUGAAGCUCCAUCAAUGCCAAAACCUAAAAUUCCUGGAUUUUCCGCAAGGACAAAUUAUCCAGAGAUUGAUUCAUCUUCAAACAAGCAAAAUGAUAUCUGGAGUGUGAAUCAAGUCACAAUCACAAUGUUAGAUGCUAGGUAGUUUAUAACGAAUGAUAUCAUCCACUAUUUCUGUAUAUAUUCUUAAAAAAAAAAAGAGGGACAAAUUCUACUUCCAUUUAUGGUUCUUUUUAUU